CUACACAUUCGCCUAUACCUACACACGCUGCUACGACUUACGAGUGCAAGAGGAAGCGAAAGAUAAUAUUUUUAUCCAUCCAUCCAUUUGUAGAGUCGCAGUGAGAAGCAAGAAUGGAGGGAAGCUCACUUUUAUCGAACUGUUCGAAAACCCCUUUCAAUUUCUUCAGAAACCCUUCUUUCCCAUCUUCUUCUCACCACUGUUACUCUACUGUUACUACCCAGUCCCAUAUUGUGAGCUUUAGUUUCUUUAAACCCAACAGAAACCAGGAGAUGAAGAAGAACAGGUCCCGCAAAAAAAUUUUGAUGGCAAGCUCUCUUCGAACUUCGGCUUUUGUUGUCGACAAAGCCUUGGACGAUUCUUCUCCAACCAAUUACAAAGAAAUGAUGCCAAAGAUUGAUAAGAGUGGAAGGUUUUGCAGCCCAAGAGCCGCCCGGGAGCUCGCUUUAUUGAUCAUUUAUGCUGCGUGCUUAGAAGGGUCUGACCCAAUUCGGCUAUUUGAGAAAAGAAUGAAUGCAAGAAGAGAACCUGGUUAUGAAUUCGACAAGGCAUCUUUGUUGGAGUAUAAUCACAUGAGCUUUGGAGGACCACCUGUUACAACUGAGACUGUUGAAGAAGCUGAUGAGCUUCAGCUUAGCGAUGAGAAAGAGUCUGCAAUUGAAGCCGAAGUCCUUUCAGCUCCUCCAAAGUUGGUAUACAGCAAACUGCUUUUGCGUUUCACAAGGAAGCUUUUGGUAGCUGUGGUGGAUAAGUGGGACAGCCAUGUCCUUGUAAUAGACAAAGUCUCCCCGCCAAAUUGGAAGAAUGAGCCAGCGGGAAGAAUUUUGGAGUUCUGUAUCCUCCACAUGGCAAUGUCUGAGAUUACUGUUCUUGGCACACGGCACCAGAUUGUGAUUAAUGAGGCUGUAGAUCUUGCAAAGCGAUUCUGUGAUGGUGCAGGACCGCGCAUUAUCAACGGGUGCCUUAGGACUUUCUUGAAAGAUCUCUCAGGAGCCAGUGUGGCCCAAACUUCAGAUGCUAAUGAGAAAGUAGAAGUAUGAAGUGAAACGAUCCAAGUGACUGUCUGCUCAGGUGGUCAGGGAUCCGAGAAGAAAAAUUCAGCAGAAGAACCUCAGUUUGAAGAAUGCUCUGAAUGAUGGAGAUCGAUUUUGAAAAAACUUUGUUGUCAGAAGAGCUGCAUUGGUUGGUAUCUUUUUUUAAGAUGGAAAUUCCCAUAAUCCUUCAAUAGAGUGCAUAUUUAUGCUAUGUUUGCUGCCCUGCGCAAACGAAAAAGGACUUGUGGUGAAUGACACCGCAGAGUAGAAGGUUUAUAUUGCUGUAUAUGAUUUAUCUGUCAAGUUGUAAUGUAACAUGGACAUGUUGAGAUGAUGACUAAAAUUUUGAGAUAUGAUUAUUAUAAGGACAAAAUAGAAGCUAAUUAUUUAUCUGACA